UGGGGACCGUCGUUGGAUGGAAAAUUGAACUCUCUAACUUGGCCCAGUUAAUCUGAUUCAUUCAUAUUAUUUCUCCAACAAACUUGAUAAAUCAUCAUUUUAUUUUACUCAGCUCUCUCACUGGUAUUCAAAGUAAGUGCAAAGUCUGAAGUGAAGAAACAUGGGGUCACUUUCGCUUCAGUGUAAACUUCAUAAACUUCCUGAGUAUCUGGGUCAUGAGUCCAUGUGGCGUUUCGUCCUCUGAACUCAACAGUAGGUGACUCAGAAAACACAUUUGGUCACCAUUGUAUCAUCAGACACACGUGGCCUUUAAUAAGCGCAGAGCUGAAAGAAAUGUUGAAAUUCCAGAUAUUAUCGUAAUUGGGCCAAUUUAUUUAAAGGUAUUUUCUGACUUUUUAGAUCACCUCACAUUCAAACAAAUGACUUCCUUGUUUGUCGACUUGUACCUCCCUGUGUACUCUCAACAUCGAUGUCUGCCUCUGAUGGUCGGGUCCAUACUGUGCCUUUUGGUUAUUAAGUUUUGAUUUCUGAGAACUUACUAAAGCAACGAACCAACAAAAAUAAGGAAGCAUGAAUAUUUCUGGCCAAGAAUUUGCUGGUGUCAGCACAUUCACUUUGUGUGGUUUUAUGGAAAUGUUCUUUUGCACACUGAGUGGCUUGAGCUGUUUUUGUUCCCCAGCCUACCCUGAAUGCACCAUCUAUCCCGCUCUGCUGCCUAUACAGCUUACCUGUUUCCUCCCUGCCACAUCGUCUGCUGCUCUGCCUCAACUUUCCAGCCAUCUUGUCUCCAAGUGGUUUGCCAACAUUCUUGUCAUUUGACCUGAACUGUUUCUGACUCGGCCUCUAUUUUGUUUUCAGGUGCUUGACCCCUGUUGGGUUCUUUUGGGUUCUGGAUUUGUCAGCAGGUCUUGACAUUCAAAUCCAAUUUUUUUUCUUUUCUUUUUUGCGCAGUCAUUUAAAUACAAACUGAACCCGACCACAAUGACAUUUCCGAUUGAGCGGUUUAUGACCUGCUUUCACAGAAGAAUGACCUUAACGUCACAGCCCAGCGCUUUGUUUAUGGAAGUAACAGCGUGCCUGUAUGUUGACACGUGUAUCGAUCAAUUUUACAGUUUAUUCAGAAAGCAUUGUAACAAGUUCACUCAAUGCAAAGGAAGCUAAUAAAAAGAAAACACAACUAAUAGCAGUGGCUUUUUGUGGAGCAUUGACAGCAACCUGAAUGUGUAGCCAGAGCUAAGAGAGGUGGGAUGUGAUGCUUUUCAGUGACACAGAUUUCGUUCAUAAAUUCAAAAUCAUAAUUUUCCAUCAUUGUUUAUGUCCUGAUUUAUUGCCUCUGGAUUUUUCUGGUGUAGGAUUACGACCCAUGUUUCAUGUUAAUGACACAAAAAACUGGUAAAAUGCAACAUGAUCAUUCAGACGGACACUCCGAAAACAUUCGGAUCGUGGUGAAAAAGGUCGCAAUGGGAAAAAGAAGAAGUGAAUUUGGGUUGCAUUUGCCUGCUGUGUGAACGUAAUCUAAUUGUGUUUCAGACAGGUGUGAAGUCAUCACACCUGAUAUAGUAGAGAUAAUGAUAAACAACUGGACUCUCCUGUGAGAUACGACCUUUAAAGCGUUCUCUUCAGCAUCAGUUUGGUGACAUGAUUACAAACAUGUUUAAAAUCACCUGCUGGCCUCAGAACAUGCAGAUGUAUGUGUUCAUAAAUGGUCAUGCAUCGAGUGGAAGUGAAUGUUAACAAGACUUGUGAAACUCAACCAUCUCUGAGUCUUAUUUUUAAAUCCACAGCUUCCUCAGUUUCAUAAAGAAACUGAGGAAAUGAAACACUUGGAGCUAAAUGUGUUCUGUUUUCUGGCAAUACAUUCUUCUGGCAGCAAUUACAAUAAUUUAUUCUGAGGUUAUAUAAAGAUAUUGCUUUAGAAAUAUGCUAUGCUUGAUUCAUUUCAUUUUUAACUUCUUUCAAGCCGUGUUGAGCUGAGCAAAAGACUCUGGCAACGUUUUGUACAGUUGGACACGUUUCAUCUCCUUCACAGCUGAGCUGCUAUGUGGAUGUGGUAAAGGUGACAGUUCUUAACAAAACGCUUCUACAUGUAUAAUAAGGAACUUGUAUGUCGGCACAUAAACACAUUUUCACGGUUUAAAAGAGAAAUGUUCUGUUCCACAAGUCUUGAGUAAAUACUUUAUUCAUUCUGCCUGACAUUUGUUUAUUCUUCUGCAGAUUCAUGAGCAGCAUUAUUAGAAAUUGUUACAACUGGAUAUUGAUCCUAAUCACAGGAUCAAUACGAAGACCUUGAUCCACCAACUCAGUUGGUGGUUUCCUGCUCUUCGGGGGUCAAAACCAAAUAAAUUUCCACCACAACGUUAGAACAUCCGCUAUAAAUCUACUCAAAUGCGAGAGCAAAGUGCAGCUGAUCUAAUUAGCUGUCCAGCAGGUCUUGAAGUGAACAUGGGGGAACCUUCACUCUGCAGGCUGGGCUUCUUCUUGCUCUGUUCACUCUGCUGUGGACUUUCUGAAGCUUAUAAACCCAGAGCCAAACUGACAGCAGAUGGAACAAUCAUACCACUAGGGGGCAGCGUGACACUGAGCUGCUCUGUUGAAGGAUCUAGUGACUGGAAGUUUGACUGGUUCAGAAAUGGACAACAAUAUUCCAACAUGCAGUCCAGAGGAAACACUGAACCAUUCAGAGUCAUCAGCGUCUCAGAGGGAGGAGUUUACAGCUGCAGAGGAGGAAGAGGAGGAGGAAGAGGAGAUCCAGUUUUUCAAACAGAAACAAGCAAUGAAGUCUCUAUUCAGGAAACUGUGUCCAAGCCAACUGUGACCCUGCAGCCCAAAUGGCCUGUUUAUAGAGGAGAGAUGGUCACUCUGAGAUGUGAGAUCCAGGAUGAUGGAGGAACUCAGUGGACGUAUGAAUGGAGACCAACCAAUAGAGACUCUCCAACAUCCAGUGAAUACAGGAUCAACAGAGUCUCUGAGUCUGACAGAGGAGAAUACAGCUGUGUGGCUAAAAGAGGUCAUCAGCUCACAGUAUGGAGUGAUGCCUUCACACUGACUGUGAGAUCUUAUAAACCCAGAGCCAAACUGACAGCAGAUAUAACAAUCAUACCACUAGGGGGCAGUGUGACACUGAGCUGCUCUGUUGACGGAUCUAGUGACUGGAAGUUUGACUGGGUCAGAAAUGGACAACAAUAUUCCGACGUGCAGCCCAGAGGAAACACUGAACCAUUCAGAGUUAUCUAUGUGUCAGAGGGAGGAGUUUACAGCUGCAGAGGAGGAAGAGGAGAUCCAGUUUUUCAUACAGGAACAAGCAAUGAAGUCUCUAUUCAGAAAACUGUGUCUCAGCCGACUGUGACCCUGCAGCCCAACUGGCCUGUUUAUAGAGGAGAGACGGUCACUCUGAGAUGUGAGAUCCAGGAUGAUGGAGGAACUCAGUGGACGUAUGAAUGGAGACCAGCCUACAGAAACGUUCCAAAAUCCAGUGAAUACAGGAUCAACAACGUCUCUGAGUCUGACAGAGGAAACUACGGGUGUAAGGCUCGCAGUGAUCAUCAGAUAACAGGUUGGAGCUCUGCCUUCACACUGACCGUGAAUGGAUAUAGACCCACAGCCUCACUAACGGCGAGGAAUUAUAACAUACCAGCAGGGGGCAGUGUAGCACUGAGCUGCUCUGUUCAUGGAUCUGCUGGAUGGAGGUUUGACUGGUUCAGACAGGAGUCAGUGCAUCAUUCAGCUCAGUCCAUCAGAAACAAUGAACCAGAUGGAAUCAUCAGGGUCUCAGAGGGAGGAGUUUACAGCUGCAGAGGAGGAAGAGGAGAUCCAGUUUUUCAUACAGAAACAAGCAAUGCAGUCUCUAUUCAGAAAACUGUGUCUCGGCCGACUGUGACCCUGCAGCCCAACUGGUCUGUUGUAUUCAGAGGAGAGACGGUCACUCUGAGAUGUGAGAUCCAGGAUGAUGGAGGAAGAACUCAGUGGAAUUAUGAAUGGAGUCCAGCCAAUAGAAACGCUCCAACAUCCAGUGAAUACAGGAUCAGCAGCGUCUCUGAGUCUGAUAGUGGAAACUACUGGUGUAAGGCCAGUGGAGGCCAUCAGAAUACAGGCUGGAGUUUUCCCUUCAGGCUGACAGUGAGAUCAAAUAAACCAAGAGCCAAACUGACAGCAAGCAAUGGAAUCAUACCAGCAGGGGGCAGCGUGAGACUGACCUGCUCUGUUGAUGACGGUGAUGGUUGGAAGAUUUACUGGUUCAGACAGGAGUCGGAGUCUGGUACAGCUCAGAUAAUCAGAAACAGUGAACCAGAUGGAGUCUUCAUGGUCUCAGAUGGAGGAGUUUACAGCUGCAGAGGAGAAAGAGGAGGAAGAGGAGAUCCAGUUUUCUACACUGAAACCAGCAAUGAAGUCAUCAUUCAGAAAACAGUUCUCAUUACACCCACUGUGAUCCAACAACCCAACUGGACCCAGAUCUACAAGGGAGAGACGGUCACUCUGAGAUGUGAGAUCCAGGAUGAUGGAGGAACUCAGUGGACGUAUGAAUGGAGACCAACCAAUAGAAACUCUCCAUCAUCCAGUGAAUACAGGAUCACUGCUGACAGCAGUGGAGAUUAUAAAUGUAGAGGAAGACGAGACAGAUUUACCUCAACACAGUGGGGAGUCAUCAGGUUAAAUGUGUCCUCGUCUCCCCCUCAGCCUGUCCUCUCUGUGUCUCCAUCAUGGCUGAAUCCUGGAGCCUCAGUGACUCUGAGCUGUGAGGGUUUGGAGCAUCAACCAGCAGGAUGGAGGUUCUUCUGGUAUAAAGCUGUUCCUGAUCCAUCCAGUAGCUCCUACACCUAUGAGCUGCUUCCUGGCAGCAGCAAUGGUACUGAACAGAACUCCUUCAUCAUUAAUGGACCGACUCAAACAGCAGGAUUUGUGUGCAGAGCAGGAAGAGGAGAACCAAAGUUUUACACUCAUUACAGUAAACCAAAGUUUAUCUGGUUUGCAGAUCCUCAUCCAGCAGCUUCUCUCUCAGUGAGUCCUGACAGAGUUCAGCAUGUAAUUGAUCAGUCUGUCACACUGAACUGCAGCGGGAACGACUCCAAGUGGAGAGUGAGGAGGUUUACAGAAACGACUAACCCUUCACAUGUUCAGUGCUCCAACUGGGGAACGAUGCAUGGAUCCUCAUGUACCAUUAACAGACUGGAGGAUCACAGUGGAGUUUACUGGUGUGAGUCUGGAUCAGGAGAAUUCAGCAAUGCAGUCAAUAUCACUGUACAGCUUGAUUACUAUGAUGGUAUUAUCCUGCUGAGUCCUGUUCAUCCUGUCACUGAGAGAUAUCCUGUUACUCUGAGCUGCAGAGAUAAACAACAAAAUCUUCUCUCCAAUGUGUUUUUCUAUCAUAAUGAUAAACUCAUCCAUAAUGACAGCAAAGGGGAGCUGAAUAUUUUUGCAGUGUCAAAGUCAGAUGAAGGUUUCUACAAAUGUCAACAUUCAGGAAAAGAUUCACCAAGGAGCUGGAUGUCUGUUAGAGUGACUGUAUCCAGUCCUGUCAGCUCCUCGUCUCCUUUACUGCUGAUCAUUGGACCCAUUAGUGGAAUUAUUCUGAUUAUUUUUCUGCUUUUGUUGUGGCGCUACAGGCAGCCCAAAGAUUUAUGCUCUUUCAGAUCAGAAAAAAACGAUCAGAGGUCGACCACCAAUCACAGAGCGGAGAAUGAGAUCAGUGACAGUAGCUCUCCUUCUCAAGGUGCUGCUCUCUAUGGAUCAGUCAAGCCUUUUGAAGCCGCUGCAGCUGAACCCAGAGAAAUAACGUACGCCAUUAUUAAGUUCAAAAAGCUGAGAAAAAAGAAGAAACCACGUAAGCCUGAGGAACGCGUUAUUUACGCUGAAGUGAAAACAAGAGCUGAAGAAGUCGCUCCAACCUACGCUGAAAUCAAUAAGAACAAAGCCAAGCAAGACAGGAAAGAAAAACUUGCAGCAACAGAUGAAUCGGUUUAUUCUGAAAUCAAAUCAGGAUCAACUCUGGACGAUGAAUCUGCCUUGUAGCACGCUGUGCUGGUUCAGUGUGUGUGUGUGUGUGUGUGUGUAUAUACACUGCUCAAAAAAAU